CAAAUCUCUGGGGUUGGAUUAUAGCUAACGGCGAAGCUUGGUGUCCCACCUUGGCUUUACCUUUCGAAUCCCCUGCAGACCUGUUGAUGACUGACGCGAACGUUGAGAGUCGUAUCGAAGUGCUUACGCUUGCCACUGCCGUCCCUGCAGCUCCCAUUACCUUCGAGAACUUCAAAUUCAGCACUAUCGGUCGUCCCCCAGCCUUACUGACUCGCUUUUCAGACCCGUCUUCCCAACUAGUGACUCCGUCCCAGCUUCCUGAGGUAAACGAGGGCGAGGGUACCCCCACACAUGAAACAUACUCGUCCAGCAUCAAGCCCAAGCCUAUGUCAAGACCGUCUCUAUUGGACAGCCUUGCUGCUGCAGCAGUUGCAGAACGGGAUAACCCUGCCUCCUCUAAGAUGG